GCUCAGCACUACGCACAUCACCGUGCAGCUCUUCUCCCCCUUAUGACUCUAUUCAUGCUAAUGUACAUAGAAUUAAUGCAAAAUCACCUUGUUAAAGAAAGAAGCCUGCGGUACUUGUAUACCUAGGUACCUUCCACCCUUACACAAUAGGUACUCAUGGCAACUCCAGAGUCGAUAUAAGUAUCCCCCCGGACAAGCCCUGGGUCUACCUCCGGGCCCGGUCCGGGGUUUUCCUAUUAGGCUCUCCGUACUCAGGUAGGUAGGUAGGUAGGUAGGUAAUCGACCUUCGGCAGCAGCUUGAUAGGUACUUAGGUAGUCAGCCACCUUGGAUAUCAGGAAGGUAGUUCUACUUGAAACUUUCGAGACACAUAACAGCAAUUCAUUGAUAAUAUACACCUACAUCCUCCUUCCCUUAUCAAAGCUACUAGGUACCUACCUACUAAGUUAGGUAGAUCGAUCAGUUUGGAAAAUUAAUAAGUACCACGAAACCUUUUCAAUGCCGUGUUGUAUAGUGUUCUCCCUACGCUACACCCUUAUCCUAGUUUCCCAUCUACUGUGGCCAACACUCUCUCCCCCCUUCCAACUAAAUCCAGCCUUACCUCGUCGUAACUUCUUCCUCCCUUCCCCUUCCAUCCCCCUUCUCAUCUCAUCCCAUCCCAAAGCCCGAGUGAAUCAACAUCCAAAAUGCCGCGAGAACUCACAACCCCCACCGUCCUCACCAUCCUCUUCCUCGCCCUGACCGGCAUCUACGGCUUUCUCAGGUUCUCCCACGAGAACGUCCUUGCCAUCCGACGCUUCGAAGCCGUGGUCAAAGCACAAGAGCCCGUCUACCUGGCCCCUUCAACGUUCGAAGCCGACGGUCUCGAGGAGCCGCAUCGGUUUGUCGGCCCGGUUUCAGAUGACCACCAGCGCAGCACGACCGCCGGCAGCGUUGCCCGCCCGCUCAUCACCUACGCGUACAGCGAGUCCCCUCAUGCGCGAGAGAACCUCAAGUUAUUCAUUGACAACGGCUUGCACAGCGCCGCAGACUUCAUCUUCAUCCUCGCCGGCCCCACCUCCUCCGCAACCUCACUAAUCCCCAGCCAGCCCAACAUCCAGAUCAUCCAGCAGCCCAACAACUGCCUAGUCGGCUUCGGCGCCCACCGCGGCGUCCUUCGAAAGGGCGGGCUGUGGAAGAAGUACAGCUACUUCAUCGCGGUCGACGCCAGCGUCCGCGCACCGUUCGCGCCGUACCCGGGUCCUAGUUUCCGCUGGAGUGACGUGUUCCUUAGCCGACUUGGUGGCGAUGUCAAGCUCGUAGGCCUAGCACCUCCCCACCAGCCCCAUUUCCAGCCCCAUCCCCAUCCCCAUCCCCAUUCCCCCAAACCCCAUCUCCCCUCCACAAUCUGGGCCACCGAUUCCACCGGCAUGAAGCUUCUUCUCUACCCAGACGACUCGCCAGGGCCACGCCACUACCACACCUACAAAGCCUGCCACAAAGACGCCAGCCAGUUCCUCCACGACGAGAUCAUGACCACGUCCGUGAUCAAAGAAGCAGGCUACAAAGUCGACGUCUUGACCCUGGUUAUUAUGGUGGGUGAUGGGGGAAUGCGUCUAUACUAACCACGUCCACACUGCUUGCCUAUGAGGGACGGAUGGACAGAGGGGGGGGGGGAUGAAUAGGAGGAUAGGAUAGAAGAUAGGUAGAAGUGGAUGGGAUGGGAUUCUUAUGUAGGUAGGUACCUACCUACCUAUAAUAAGUAGACUGAUUGCACACAUUCGUUCGUGACUAUCACGCUGUGUACCUACAGUACCUACCUGAGUCUAACCAGCACGACUAGAAAAAUGCAAUACUACCUAGGUACCUCGUCCCUGUGGAUUUCCUAGGUAGUCUACAAUACUGUAAUUGACUGCCUUACGCGCUACGAGGCAUGGUAAAACAGAAAUCAGAGAGGAAAAUGGUGCCAAUAGGGAGUCCC